UUAAACCGAACGUGUGCGCCUGUCUCUGUGACUGACUGCCUGCACUGCCCUUUCACAGUACUCUUCAGGAUGAACACAGUCCUUUCCUGCCAGGACCAGUUCUUUGUAGGAGACCAGAGCUAUGAGCACCCUUCUUUGCUCUCGACGUCAGCCAGUGUUGACAUUUCCAUGGAAACCUGGUACUCCCAAUGUUCGGGCGGUAUCCUGGACAACAGCUCAGGCAGCCGGCAAGAAGCUCCGCCGCAAGAGUACUUCUCCAUCCUUGACACCGCUGCCCAGGAUGAUCUCAGGUGGACAGCACAUUUAUCAUCUCAGAUCCAUAAAAACAAACAGCUCCAGGAGACACUUGAACAAAAAGAGGAAGAACUUGCCCGGCUCCACGAGGAAAACAGCAAGUUGAGGGAAUACCUGAACUCUACUUAUGUCAAGUCUCUGGAGGACAAGGCGAGGAAAUUGUUGAAGCAAAGUGGGCAGAAGAGAAGAGGGGUCUUUAAAAUCAAGAAGCGACUGUUCGAGGGGCAGGAGGAGGCUGAUAUUUACUCGGCGGCCCCCACCAACCUUUCCAAGAGAGCUCGGCGAGACUCGGCUUGUGAGAAGCAAAGCGGCUUGUACUCUAGGCAGGAGGAGCACUGCGCUCCUUGCGUCGACACCUGGGUGUUGAAGACUUUGGGACUGAAAGAUGCCAACACCAUUGAUGAGAGUUGCUCAGCUAACUACAGUGCCAUUAUCAGCGAGGUGUGCCCCAGUUACGACAGGGAGCCCGACUACUGCACGGGUCCCACAGAUCAGGGCCAGGACACUGCCACCUUGAUGGAUAUCCAUGCCAAUUCUUGCCAACUGGAGGCCUCCUGCAGUGGUGGGCUUGUCUCCGCCUCGCCCUACUCCUUCCCUCCUCCAUCCGGGGCACCUCUUUACCCCAGUAAGACUUGCGUGGCCUUCUCGACCUCCCUCAACCCCCACCGCAAUGUGAAAACCCACAGCUUCUGCCAAGGCCAAGCCUUCGUACAGCGGGACAAUGGAGGAGGUUGGAGAUUUACCUGGGUGCCCAGCCAGGGGGACUGACCACUGACCAUUGCCCCCUCCUCCCCUCCCCACCCCCACCACCGCUACUCAUUCUGUUUACACACAGGAACGAUGCCCCUGGCAUCACAAACCAGCUUAGCACGAAGCAGACUCGAGGAAUUUGCACGGAUAACUGGAAUCGUAGCUUCCUUUGAUAUCAAAUCCUGAAUUAUGGACUGCAAAAUUAGGAUAGCAUGUUGCGUUGCCCCCGUCUUAGUUGGAGACAUCCUAUGUCCUGUAUCUCUCGGGGAGUAGAUUCUGAUGCAAUUGUGCAGGUGAAGCACUUAGCUUUUCUCUAUAAGGUCCUUGCUGGCUGACUUCACUCGUUAACUGCCAGGCCUGGUGUAGAGAGAGGGACCUGCAAGUUUUCUUUCAGUGGUGCCUUGGAGGAAUAAUUAGCAUUGGGACUUUCUGCCUCCUGUCCAAUAACACCUAAAAUGUCACCUCCCUUGGCUUUGUAAGGAUCCAGCAGAGUGAAUUACCUUGCAGACCAAGCAAGGUGGAGCGGCAGAGACUUGUUACUGUAGACCACAACUUGGCUGGCGUAGAGCGAGCGCCUCUGGGAACCUCUUCCAGAUCUAAGCCUGGCAGAUGAGACCUCUUCCCAGGAGAAAGUGGUCAACAAACAAACGGGGUGGAAAAGAUAGGGUGACUGUCAUUGCAAUCAUCAAGAAUACCCGAACUUCAGAUCUAGCCUCUGCGGUGGAUGGAACUAGUGACUGAAUGGUGAUCAUUCUGACCGAAUUCUCUUCUUGAAAACUGCCUGGGUCCCACAUACGGAUGAUUACUGUGUGAAGUACAGCAGUGUUGUGACUGGUGAAAAUGUAUUUGGCUGGUUUACUUUGAAUUUGAGGGGCAGCACGGUGGCGCAGCUGGUAGACCCGGGUUCGAUCCUGACCUCUGGUGCUGCCUGUGUGGAGUUUGCAUGUUCUCACUUGGGUUUCCCCCAGGCGCUCCGGUUUCCUCCCACAUCUCAAAGGUGUGGAGGUUGGAAGGUUAAUUGGCCGUUGGAAAUUGCCCUUAAUGUGCAGAAUCUGGGGAGAGUUGAUGGGAAUCUGGGUGGAAUAACUUGGGAUGAGUGUGAAUGGAUUGGCCAAAGAACGUGUGUUGUAUGACCCUAUGCGGUCAUUUGAACAGGCCCAUGAUCUCCGGGCUUUUUGUGUCCUUAUCACCACCACCUUCUCUCCAGAUCCCCCUGAAAUCCAUCUCUGUCCUAUCCUGGAUCACUGCCCGUGGCAGCGAGUCCUACAUUCUCACCACUCUCUAGCUAAAGAUGUUCCUCCUGAAUUCCUUAUUAUAGUUGGUGGUAAUGAUCCAAUAUUGAUGGUCCUUACUUGUGGCUUCUCACAGUAGUAGAAAACAUUCCGUCUCCCCGAUCAAAAUCCCUCCUUGUUUUAAGGCCUUUGUCUCAUCUAUAGGAAAUUUCUUUUCUUUACAAAAAAGUGCCCCAGCUUGUUCAAACUUUCCUGAACACUAAUUUCUGGUAUCAUCCUUGUAACUUUUCCUGCACCUUCUAGGUCCAUCCAUACUCCUUAACAUUUGUUCCUUCCCAGGAUGUGGAUAUUAUUGGGAAUGCCAGCAUUUAUUUUCCCUCCAUUGUUAAUAUAACAUCUCCAGGGACAAAUCUUUGCUUGCAUGUUGUGGAGCUGGGUUGCAUUAUUGCACAGACUUCAUUAUUGCAUUCAAUGCCCCAUUGUUGCACUGAAUGGUGCAUUCACUGGCUAAUUGUGUGUCAUUAAAUUCUAAAACUAAUCCUUCCUAAAAAGAUUAACAAAGAAUGUUUCAAUGUUCUGUAUAUAAAUAGAACAUAGAACAGUACAGCACAGGAACAGGCCCUUCGGCCCACGAUAUCUGUGCUGAGCAUGAUGCCAAGUUAACCCAAUCCCUUCUGCCAGCACAUGGUGUAUAUCCUUCCAAUUCCUGAAUAUUCAUGUGCCUGACAAAAAGCCUCUUGAAUACCACUAUUGUCUCUACUUCCACGACCAACCCUGGUGGCACGUUCCAGGGACCCACCAUUUAAAAAAAAUGUGCCCACUCAUCUCCUUUAAACAUUCCCCCUCUCGCCUUCAAUGCAUUCCCUCGAGUAUGAGACAUUUUGACCCUGGAAAAAAGACUCUACCCUAUCUAUGCCUCUCGUAAUUCUAUAAACUAAUGAAUGCGACUAUUAGUCGGAGGAGAGCAAAUCAUUUGAUAACAGAGUGGUGUGAGAUUGGAGCAACAUGCUCAGCGGCUCGAGUAGCAUCUGAGAUUGGUGUUGGACAUUGUUGCAGAAGGGGGAGGAGAGAAGGUGCAAGCCUACUCUUCACUCUGUCCUGUUCCUGCCCUCCAAAAUGUCACAGACAGCAACUGACCCCGAGUUCCAUUCAACCAGUGCCACUGGAUUAAAUAUUCAGUGGGACAUGAAAUCCCAAACAAAUUUCACCUCGCUGCUCUUUAAAUGAGGGUUUUGACAGCCAAGUGCCCUAAUGGGGAAAAUUACCAUUGUCACAGACAUAACUCUGCGGAUCUAGGUACCACAUAAGGGGAAAACAGUGAUGUGACCACAGAUACCAAGGUAUGACCCUUCUCUGCUGUCGGUCCAUUCACCACCUCAGGAUAUCCCAAUGCGCUUUUUAGUCAAUAGGACACAUUUUGAAGUAUGGAUAAUCUAUUCCAUUGGCUGGUGACACAUGAGGGAAAUGGUUCGGUGGCUUUUAAAUGAGGCUAGGAUCAUGUUGGUUGUCCCUACUGCCUGUAUGGUGAGACUUGCUGUGCAAGCCUACACAUACAGACAAGGCAAUGGUUGUAGACCUUACCCAAUGGGUGUUGUGGUGAGACUGUGUCCCAGUACAGCGUCACUGUGGAACUGUGUCCCAGUAUGAUUUUCACAUUUUCAGUAAUAGAUGAGUGUAGUAAAUGAGAGAAGAAAUGAUAUUUCCUGACGUUUUGUGUUGGAAUGUGUCCCGAUAAAUAUUGCUUCUAACCAAUUAAUUUUACUAAUGUUAAAGUUACUUUGUAAAGACGUGUAUCUGGAGUCUGGGCUGGAGAUGUCAGUGCUGUGGGUCAGUUCCAUUCAGGAUCCUGCUCGGGAACACUGCCAAAGCUAAUCAACUGCUGUAUUCAGGGCAUGAUUCUCACCGACACUGGCAUGGUGUCAAAGAUCCCUCCUUCACUGUUUGUUAAAUGCCAAUCUUAUCCUUCCUUUCCAGUAUCAAACUCAGAGCAUUCUCCCAGUGAGAUACCUGCACUUCUGUGUUAAUGUCCCAGAGCACUUGUGAAACCAAUUCAGUACUUUUGUGGUGGAGUUAUUAGUGAUCUGAGCACAGCCAGAUCCCUCAGGGGAGAACUUCCUUGCUCUUUGCACUCAUGUCCUUUCCGUCCUCUGGUUAACAGCUCUCCCCAUAUCAAGCCUCUAAGUGUCUGGAGUUGGACUUGAACCCACAACCUUUGGAGUCGGUGCCAAGAGUGCUACCCAUUGAGCCAUAGGCAUCACUUGUGAGGGUUGGUGUUUUCUGAGCGAGCAGCUGUCAACGCCCUGAGCCCUACAUGCUGUGAUAACUGACCUCAGCUGGGGAACACUGGGACGGAGAGCGCUGGGCCCUACGCACUUGCUGUGUUAUAGAGGCAUAGAGCAAUGCAGCACGGAUACAGGCCCUUCGGCCCAACCAGUCCAUGCCGACCACGGUGCCCACCCAGCUAGUCCCAAUUUCCUGCGUUCGGCCCAUAUCCCACCAAGCCCCACCCCUCCAUGUACCUAUCCAAGUGCUUCUUAAAUGAUGCUCUUGUACCUGCCUCACCCACUUCCUCUGGCUGCUUGUUCCAUACACUCUGUGUGAAAGUGUUGCCCCUCAGGUCCUUUUUAAAUCUUUCCCCUCUCACCCUAAAUCUAUGCCCCCUACUUUUGGACUCCCCUACCCUGGGGAAAAGACUGUUACCGUCCACCUUAUUUAUGCCUCUCAUAAUUUCAAACACUCCUGUAAGGCUGUGUCAGCUUAUCCCUGAUCACUGGCUGGUUGUGUGAGACGUCAGAGGCUGCUCGAAACCCUAUCCUGCUCUCUCCCAACAUUUACUCUCCUUGACCACACUUCCUUUAUUACUUGCCAUCUCUCCUUGGUGUGGAACUAAUUCCAGCAACCACCCUCCAGAGGCUCUGCCAACGGGCCAUUCAACUCUGGAAGGCAUCAGUGGGCUGUACUUCCUGCCAAAUGCCAGUGGCUAGAAAUGAGGAGGAAUCCUGCCAGACUUAGGUUGAAGGCCAAUUGUUAAACACUCACCACAUCCUGACUCACCCUGCCUCAGUAUCCCCUCAGUGGUACCUGCGAUGUGCAGAUCUAAUGCGACCUCACCCCCACCCCCCCACCCAACCGAAUUUCCCUCCACCAAUGGCCAGCUCUGGAAUGAGUGGGAUAGGCUAAACUCUUGUUUGUUGGUGCCUGUUCACCUGCUCCCACUCACCAGUAAUGCUGUUCACACCAACCUAACCCUCUCCCCAUCACCCCGGGGAUCACAGCCACGGAGGCUGAAGCUGUACGAAUUCUAAUCAAGCAACUAACGAUUGUACAUAGUUGUGUAUUUUGUACAGAUUUUAACAUUUUGGUGAGAAUUAACAGUGUUUUUUACUGAUUGUGCCAAUA